AUGCUCAGCGCUGAGAAGGUUCCAGAGGGCUUCGUCCAAGCUCACGACACACCCCUGGGUCGCCUUGCAUACGUUAUCAAUGACUUGCAGGCCAACAUAUCUUCGUCAGACUCUUCGCUCUCUCCCGCGGCGCGCUCCUUGAUCGACGAAGCUACUCGCAUCGUCAAUGGCUUGGACCCAUACCUAACGUGCAUGACUUCACCGCACCCGCCCAUCCUAGACAAGAUGAUUAAAGCUGGCAAUGAGACUGACUGGAAGCAGUUGCAUAAACAGGGAAAGACAAUAUACGAAUUAAUACCCGAGAUGACGGCCGGAUCGUAUGAGGCCGUGGUGCUCCAGCAGCUGGCAAAGACCGCAAAGGCGAGUGCCGUUGUUUCCCAACGUUGCUACACUCAUACGGACUUGCUCCGAAAGGCAAAAAACAUCCUGGAGAUAGGCAUGUUCACCGGGACGACCACCGUCGCCUUGGCUCUGUUACCCUCGGUCACCAAAGUUGUUACGCUCGAACUAGAGGGCUUCCUGGCAGACUUCAGUAUUCCGUACUUCGCGGAAGCUGGUGUCGCGGAGAAAAUAGAGGUCAAGAUUGGCGAUGCCCGUGAAUCCCUGGAUAAGUUGGCAGCUGAAGGUGUCUCGUUCGAUAUGGUCUUCAUUGACGCCGAUAAAGCCGGCUAUUCUACUUACCUCCGCAAGGUGCUUGACCAUAAUCUUCUCGCAGCGGAGGGAGUUAUUGUGGUCGAUAAUACGGCAUACAAGGGUACACCUUGGGCGCCCGACCCGUCCUAUCACCUUGGCGCCGCAAUACACGCUUUCAAUCAAGACGUUAGGAACGAUCCCACAGUCGAAGUCGUCAUGCUCCCUAUCAGGGACGGCAUAAGCUUAAUCCGAAGAAAGGAGGAAUAG